AGUUAUCCAAUCAACAUGAAGUUCUUCCUUGCCUGUCUGUUGCUCGCCGCUUGCCUGGCUCUUGGUCAGAGCAGCGCCAUCUAUGGUGCAAGCUAUGCAACCGUUCCAGUCGUUCGUCAUGUUCCAGUCGUCCGUCACGUUCCCGUGGUCCGUCAUGUUCCCGUGGUUGACUCCGUUGCCGUUCCCGUUGUUCCAGUCCAUCGUACCGCCUACAUCGCAGCGCCAUCUGUUGUCCGUGUUGGACAUGCCUACGAUUCUCCCCUCGCCUAUGGCGGUUGGUUGAAGCAGAAGAAAUAAACGCUUCUAAUCCUUAAUUCAUCCAUUGGAUCAACAACACUGCUAAACAAACAAGACUUUUAAAUUCCUUUUUUUUUUUAAAUUUUUUUUUUGUGUUAAUGUAAUUCCCGAAUAAAACCCAAAUCUGUUCAUUCCUAA